CCAUUUCGGCAUUUCAUAAUUCUUAAAGGGACAGGGUGCUAAAGCGCGUGAGCUCUUCAAACAAACAAGAUCGCUUUGCUAUUUUACAUAAGCAACUGCUUAUUUACCUUUUCUAUAAAAAAAAUGUCUCGAGUUCUAAUAGUUGGUGCUGGACUUACAGGCAGUUUAUGUGCCUGUCUUCUGCGGAGGGAGCUGCCAAACAAAGCUAAUAUAGUCGUAUGGGACAAAUCUCGGGGUGCAGGGGGGAGAAUGUCCACAAGCAGAAGUCCAAAUGAUCCUUCAUGCACGGUUGAUCUUGGUGCUCAAUACAUAAGUGCGACACCGUACUACGCUCGUAUUCACAGCAGUUUUUACGAAGAACUCUUAGCACAAGACAUUUUAAAACCUCUUGUUGCUCCUGUUGAAGGCAUGAUGUUGAAGGAAGAAGGAAUUGUGAACUAUGUGACACCACAUGGGGUCUCCUCCAUCGUCAAACACUAUCUCAAAGAGUCAGCAGGAGCAGAGGUGCUCUAUGACCGACACGUCACUCACAUUCACCGGAAAGACGCUGGCUGGGAAGUGUGUCACAAAGGAGGAGCGCCAGAGCGGUUUGACAUUGUGGUUUUAACCAUGCCAGUACCCCAAAUACUUCAGCUGCAAGGAGACGUGGAAUCUUUGAUGGGGGAGAAUCAGAGGAGGAUGUUGGAGGCUGUCAGCUACUCUUCCCGCUACGCACUUGGACUCUUCUACAAAGCCGACACACGAAUCGACAUCCUUUGGGCGGCCAAGUACGUCUCCAGUAAUCCCUGCAUUCGCUUCAUCGCCAUAGAUGAUAAAAAGCGCAAUUUAGCAUCGAAGAACUGCGGACCUGCUGUGGUGGUGCAUACUAGUGUGCCCUUUGGCAUCCAGCACCUGGAGGAGGAGAAGGAUGCGGUACAGCCCAUCAUCCUGGAAGAGCUGGAAAAGGUGAUGCCAGAGCUACCUCAACCUGACAGCAUCAAGUGUCAGAAGUGGAGAUACUCACAG